AUGCAAUCCGAUGCCCAACAAUUGUCGGUGCUAUCAUUGAAUUGCUGGGGUCUGAAAUUUGUAUCGAAGCAACGGCAAUUUCGGUUAAGAGCGAUAGGCGAUGCUGUUAGUCAACAGGAGUACGAUAUCGUAACGUUGCAAGAACUGUGGGUGUCGCAAGACUACGAGUAUAUCAAAUCCCGAGUUGCCGAUAAUCUUCCAUACAGCAAGUACUUUUACAGCGGGGCUCUUGGUAGUGGAUUGGCAAUUUUUUCGAGAUAUCCCAUUAUUUCAUCAUCCUACCUCCGAUACUCGUUGGCAGGCAGGCCGUUGAAGAUAUUCCAUGGCGAUUUCUACGUUGGAAAAGGAUGUGGGUCUGCCUGCAUUGAACACCCCACCAUUGGCAUCCUGGAAGUGUUUACCACCCACUUACAUGCUGGCUAUGGUAAAAUUGAUGAAUACGAAGGACAUCGAGUCUCUGAGUCGUGGGAGUUGGCCAAUUUACUACGUACAUCGGCAGCCCAGGGACGGCAAGUGAUUGCGACGGGCGAUUUCAACAGUAUACCAACGAGCUAUAAUUAUGCGUUACUGAAAGAUCAUGCGUUUAUGACCGAUUCAUGGUUGGAGACACAUGAAAGUAGCUUGGAAGAAAGCAUGCGUCAAUUUCAACAAAAUCAAAUUCACGGCAGAGACUGUAUACAUCACUUUGGUAUCACUUGCGAUUCACCAGAAAACUCGUGGUCCAAGCAUUUUCUCAAGCAACAAGCUCGCGAUAAAAAUAUCGGUGAUCGAUUGGAUUAUAUCUUUUAUCGCCGCACCCCCGAAUUAUCAUGUAUCAGUUCCAAUGUCGCUUUCACCGACUUCAUAGCAAACACGCACAUGUGUUAUUCCGAUCAUUUCGCGGUGCAUUCAAUUUUUUCAUGCCAGUCGAAUGCCUCUGCCAUGGGCAACAAUAUCGCUCCUCAAUGCUCCCAACUGACACGUCCUACCUUUUCACGUAUUUCACCCAUCAUCGUCCGAGACAUCAUCAACCUUUUACAUAGAGAUCAUGUAGCCACCCGUCGCAAGGCCAACAUAUUACUGGGGUGGCUCGUGACAUGCGUCUUUCUCAUCUUGGCCUUGUACGCUGUCAUGAUUGUCGUGCCGAUCUACUACGCGUCCGAUGACCGACGCGAAAUGAUUGCGACCAUUCUUGCUGUUUUUGGCGGAUUUUUGAUGAUUUUAUGUGCGGCUGCGGCGCCGAUCUGUCUUAUUGUAGGCUUUGUAUGCGGACACACCGAACAACGCGCGUUACAGCAGUUUGUGGUUGAACUUCGUACGUUCUUAUCCGGGUUGCCAAACAACGACGGUUUAGCUGCCCAGCGAAAUGUCAACCCGCAUAGUAGCCGCGACCUGAUCACCGUUGACUCGCCACAAUUCAACCUUAGACACCCUUCUACCGAAGAAAGCGAACCCUUGUUAAUGAAUGUAUAG